AUGCCUCGUGGGACGCUUGAAGUUAUAUUAAUAAGCGCAAAAAAGCUUCAUAACAGUGAUUUUUUCGGUGCAGGAUCUGAACCCCGUUGGAAUGAAAGCUUUCUGUUCACUGUUUCUGGCAGUGUCUCUGAACUUAAUCUGAGGCUAAUGGACAAGGAUACGUUUACUAGUGAUGAUUUCCUUGGCGAGACAAAAAUUAAUCUGGAACCAGUGUUAGCUGUGGGGAGCAUUCCAGAAACUUGUUACAACGUUGUGAAGGACCAAAACUACUGUGGGGAGAUUAAGGUGGCACUCAUCUUCAAUCCUGAGUGGUGA